AUGGCCUCCACGGGGUGCCGCGGCAUCAUGGAAGAGAUCUUCGCCUGCAUCCCCACGCAGCCCAUCCCCUCGCCUGCCGAAGGCUCCGUUUCCGCCGCCGCCUGCUCCGUCGUCCGUGAAGCCGAGGCCGACGAGGACCGGAUCAGCCGCCUGUCGGACGCGCUGCUCUCCAACAUCGUCUCCCGCCUCCCCAUCAAGGACGCCGCCCGCACGGCCGCGCUCUCCCCGCGCUGGCGCCGCGUCUGGGCCUCCACGCCGCUCGUCCUCGACGACGCCCACCUCCUCCCGUACCCGGACCAACCCGACGGCCCCUUGGGCUUCGGCACCGACUGGCGCUCCAUCGCCGACGCCGUCUCCAGCGUCCUCGCCGCGCACCCGGGCCCCUUCCGCUGCGUCCGCCUCACCAACGUCUGCAGCUACGCGGCGGCGCGCGACCGCGGCGCGCUCGCGCGCGACUGGCUCCGCGUCCUCGCGGACAAGGGCGUCGACGACCUCGUUCUCGUCUGCCCUCGCUGGCCCCUCAAGGCGAAAAUCCCCGCCGACAUCCUCCGCGUCACCUCCCUCCGCAGCCUCUACCUCGGCCUCUGGGACGAGUUCCCUGGGAGCACCAAGUCCCUCCGCCGCGGUAACGUUGCCUUCCCCCACCUCGUCGAGCUCGGGCUCUGCCGCACCGACAUCAAGACCGCGGACAUCGACCACCUCCUCCAGUGUAGCCCCCUCUUGGAGAAGCUCGCGCUUGUUGCCUGCGACAACUCGCCGGACUGCGUUCGCGUCCGCAGCCGGAGCCUCCGUUGCGUGCUCUUCUGGAUGUCCGUCGCAAACGAGGUCAAUGUGCUCGUCGUCCCGCGCCUCGAGCGGCUCAUCCUGUGGAGUGAGUGCCCCGGUGCCCGUCUCGCUGAUGACUUCCGCACCAGGCUCAACAUUGGCUACGUCCAGGAGCUCAAGGUCCUCGGCUACCUGGACCUAAGGAUCCACGUGCUCGAGAUCUCCAACACUAUCAUCGAGGCUGGGACAAAGCCGAGCACACGUACCAUUGUUCCAAGUGUCAAUAUCCUGGCUUUGAAGGUCCGGUUUGGAGUUCGCAAGGAAGCUAGAAUGCUGCCAAGCUACCUCAGAUGCUUCCCCAAUGUGGUGACAUUACAUAUCAUGUCUGAUGAAGCUGAUGAGCCCACGGGCAAGCUCAACUUCAAGUUCUGGCAGGAAGCUGGCCCCAUCAGCUGCCUUCAGUCCCAAAUCAAGAGGGUGGUGUUCAAGAACUUCCGAGGGGACCGCAGUGAGCUCGCAUUCCUUUGGUUCAUCUGGGAGAGAGCACAGCUGCUGCACAAGAUGGUGAUUGUUUUGGCCGAUGGAGAUGAUCCUGCUUCGUUGGAGCAGAUGGUAGCCAAACUGAAACCUCUGGUUUGUGCAAAACGGGCCAGCAAAGACCGCAAGUUGACCAUCUUGGUGCGUAAUGGAGGCUGCGUGUGGAGCUUCCACAGAGCAUUUGAUCUUUCCGUGAGCGACCCUUUUGAUUGCUGA